CGCUGGGCGGUGUCGCGAGGCAGCAAGUCGGCCUGAGGCUCCCCGAGCGCCCGCCGCCGCCCCCGGCCGGUGCCCCGGUCGGCGUCUGCAUCCGGGUCCGGAGCCCUCCCCCUGCGGGCACGAUGCCGAGGAAGGAGUGACCCCGAGAGAGUCCGGAGCGCCGGCGCUGGGUCCUUCUGCCAUGUCCCACCAACCACUUAGCUGCCUGACUGAAAAGGGGGACAGCCCCAGUGAGACCACAGGAAAUGGACCCCCCAACCUGGCCCACCCAAAUCUGGACACGUUCACACCAGAGGAACUGCUACAGCAGAUGAAGGAGCUCCUGACUGAGAACCAUCAGCUCAAAGAAGCCAUGAAGCUGAAUAAUCAGGCUAUGAAAGGGCGAUUUGAAGAGCUUUCAGCCUGGACAGAGAAACAGAAGGAAGAACGCCUAUUUUUUGAGAUACAGAGCAAGGAAGCCAAAGAGCGUCUCGUGGCUUUGAGUCAUGAAAAUGAAAAAUUAAAGGAAGAACUCAGAAAACUAAAAGGGAAAACAGAAAGCCCCCUUGAGGACCCCACUGGGGACCCCAAAGUCCCCAAGGCAGAAGCAGACCAGGAAAUGGAACAGCUGAAGACCCAGGUGGCCCGUCUUCAGGCUGAAAAGGCAGAUCUGCUGGGCAUCGUGUCUGAACUACAGCUCAAGCUGAACUCAGGCGGCCCCUCAGAAGACUCCUUUGUUGAAAUCAGGAUGGCUGAAGGAGAAGCAGAUGUGGCACUGAAAGAAAUCAAGACAAGUCCUGGGCCCACAAGAACUGAUUCCGUUGACACGAGCAAAUUUGCAGAAGGUGCCAGGAAUUAUUUGGAAUUUGAAGAAUUAACUGUGAGCCAGCUCCUGCUUUGUCUAAGGGAAGGAAACCAGAAGGUGGAGAGACUUGAAAUUGCCCUCAAGGAAGCCAAAGAAAGAGUUUCAUAUUUUGAAAAGAAAGCCAGUGAUCAUGCGGAAGUCGAGACCCAGACAGAGACGAGCAAAGAAAAAGAGAAAGAAGAGGAGAAAGGCCCAGAAACCGUUGGAAGCGAAGUGGAGACGUUGAACCUUCAGGUGACCACCCUAUUUAAGGAGCUUCAAGAGGCUCAUACAAAACUCAGCGAAGCUGAGCUAAUGAAGAAGAGACUUCAAGAGAAAUGUCAGGCCCUUGAAAGGAAGAAUUCUGCAACCCCAUCAGAGCUGAAUGAAAAGCAGGAGCUUGUUUAUAACAACAAAAAGUUGGAACUACAAGUGGAAAGCAUGCGAUCAGAAAUCAAAAUGGAGCAAGCUAAAACUGAAGACGAAAAGUCCAAGGUAGCCACUCUCCAGGUGACACAUAACAAGCUUCUUCAAGAAUACAAUAAUUCGUUGAAAACGAUCGAGGAACUGAAAAGGAAAGAGUCAGAAAAAGUGGAUAAGGUGGUACUACAAGAACUAAGCGAGAAACUGGCGCUGGCAGAGAAGGCGCUGGCUUCCAAGCAGCUUCAGAUGGACGAGAUGAAGCAGACCAUCGCCAAGCAGGAGGAGGACCUGGAGACCAUGACCGUCCUGAGGGCUCAGAUGGAAGUUUACUGUUCUGACUUUCAUGCUGAAAGAGCGGCAAGAGAGAAAAUACACGAAGAAAAGGAGCAGCUGGCUUUGCAGCUGGCAAUUCUGCUGAAAGAGAAUAACGAUUUUGAAGAUGGAGGCAGUAGGCAGUCCUUGAUGGAGAUGCAGAGCCGUCAUGGGGCAAGAACAAGUGACCCUGACCAGCAGGCCUACCUCGCUCAGAGAGGAGAUGAGGAUACCAACUGGAGGCAGCAGCAACAGCGGAAUAUUCCAAUCCAUUCGUGCCCCAAAUGUGGAGAAGUUCUGCCUGACAUAGACACGCUACAGAUCCAUGUUAUGGACUGCAUCAUUUAA